GCGAUGGCCUCAGUAAACUAUGGCGGACCUUUCAGCCUCCUAGACAGGCACUCACCACGCACCCAUCCACCAGGACAGAAAUUUGAAAGCACUUUCAGGGGAAAAAGAAGAAGACGAAGAAGAAAAAGUGAACAACUCCGUAGCUCAAUGCAAGUCCGUUGGGUGCACACUACAGUGGCUUCAGGUGCGUGGAAGAGAAAGGUCGGCUGAAAUACGUACUGUUUACCGAGGAACGCAGGGGGUUCUACGUUGCGAGUCGCGUUUCCGCUCAAUUGACUGGAUUUCGAGGUGAUAUUAACAACGGUAACAACAACAAAGUCUAGAUCAUCAUCAUCAUCAUCAUCUGGAUCAUUAAGUGCCUAAGGAUAGUGUCGGAUUGGAUAGGCUUCAUCGGUUGGUCAUCAAUUCGUGAAUGAGCCGGCGAUACAUUUCCUUGCCCCUCUUGGCCGAAUACUUUGUGGACCCCAACAAGACCUUGUCAUUCAGGAGUGCUGCGCUUCCCAUUGAGUUGAUUUCGGCUCAACGACGUUCCAAGCACCAUGACCACUCCGGGCUCUUCCACGGCCCAAACCAAUCCCGCCAAGGCGGACAACAAAAACACCUUCUAUUUCUCGGGCAAGAAACGCAAGGAGGGGACAGGGUUCGAGGAUGAAGAUGAAGACGAGAACCACGACGACCACUUCAUCGAGUUCAAAGUUGGACAAAACAUUCCACAAAUCAUUCUGCCCGAUGGCGAGGAGGCUGGCAAAGGCGGUGGCGGUGAUACUGAGGGAGAGGACGGCCACGAGCGAGGACAAUGGGGAAACAAGUGGGACUUCCUCUUCUCUUGCAUCUCGGUGUCGGUGGGAUUGGGCAAUGUCUGGAGAUUCCCAUAUCUUUGCUACAAGAACGGUGGAGGCGCGUUCUUGCUGGUUUACUUCAUUGCGAUGAUCUUUUGCGGCAUUCCGAUCUUCUUCCAAGAAGUGGCCAUCGGACAAUACCUUGGCUCAGGAGGAAUGACAUUAGUUGCUCAAUUGUGCCCUAUGCUCAAAGGGGUUGGAAUGGCUACCAUGAUUGUGGUCUUUUUCCUCGAUAUUUACUAUUGCGUCAUUAUUGCUUGGACGUUCUUCUACCUCAUAGCAUCUUUUACGGCGAUCCCUGAUCUUCCUUGGGACACGUGUGAGGGAUGGUGGAACACUCCAAAUUGUUUCCGAGCCUCUCCUGAUAACAUGACCUUCAACGAUAUUGGCAUCGCCAACCAUUCCAAAACUGCCACCAACCGAACAACCACGCCAGUGGAAGAAUUUUGGGAACACCGGGUGCUCAUGCAAAAUGCCGGAUUGGAACACGGUCUGGGUGGUAUGCAAUGGGAACUUGUUGGAACUCUGUUCUUGGCUUGGGUGCUGGUGUACCUGAUCAUCUGGAAAGGGCUCCAUUCCAGCGGAAAGAUCAUUUGGUUCACGGCCUUGUUCCCCUACUUUGUGAUGUUCAUUUUGUUGGCACGUGCAGUCACCCUCGAUGGCGCCAUCGACGGUCUCUCCUACUACGUCAAGGUGGAUUGGCCCAAAUUGCUGGAAGGACGCACGUGGAUCGACGGAGCCACGCAGAUUUUCUUUGCCUACAGUGUGGGCAUGGGUGCUUUGCCUGCCUUGGGAUCAUAUAACAAAUUCCACCACGAUUGUUAUAAGGAUGCCAUCAUCACUUGCAUCGUGAACACGGCUACUUGCCUGAUCGCCGGAGUGUUGGUCUUUUCAAUUCUGGGCUACAUGGCUCACAUCCAGGAAACUACCAUUGACGAUGUGGUCAAUUCCGGACCUGGUUUGGUGUUCCUCACCUACCCGGAUUUGGUGCUAAAUUUACCGGGAUCCGUGGCUUGGGCCAUGAUAUUUUUCAUCAUGCUGUUGGUGUUGGGUGUGGAUUCCGAGUUCUGCAACGUGGAGGCCCUGGUCACCGGAAUUGUGGACAAUUGGCCUGACGUCUUGCUCAAGCGGAGACGACUCUUCACCAUGGGAUUGUGCGUUUUCAUGUUCCUUCUAGGUCUGCCCAUGUGUACCGAGGGCGGAGUGUUCUUGUUCCAACUGAUGGAUUUCUAUUCAGCCUCUGGCAUGUCUUUGUUAUGGGUCUGUUUCUUCCAAACCAUCGCCAUUGGAUGGUUCUUCGGAGCUGAGAGGUUUUGUGAUUGCGUCGAGGAAAUGACGACUCAUCGCCCAUCCAAGUUCUGGUAUCUCUGUUGGAAGUACUUUGCUCCCGCCGUCAUGAUAACGGUGUUCGUCUUCUAUGUAAUCUCUUACCAGCCCGUGACCUACGGCAAGGACUACGAAUAUCCCAAGUGGGCCGAGAUCCUAGGAUUGUGUCUAAGCUUGUCAUCCAUGAGUUGCGUACCGGGCUAUGCACUGUACUACCUAAUUACUCAUCCUGGAACCUUCGAAGAGAAAAUGCGAGAUGGAUUCACGCCCAACAUUAACCGUCUGAAAGUGAAGACCAAUCCCCAGAACUUGCACGUUUCGGAAUCUGGAGUUGGCCUUUUGCAACGGAACAACACGGAAUACGAAAUGGGCCGCCUUCAUCGUCCUGAAUCGUUCGUGACCACCACUACCACUGAGUGAGAGAACGUGAGCGGGUCUGCUGUCACUCCGAUUGUCUCUUCCCGCCUUAGAUUCAUUCAGGUCCAAAUCGAAAGUGGUGCCAAUGCAAAGGUUUAGCCAAACACUCAAUAAGUGUUCAAUGCAACGUGUCAAUCAUGUGUAUCUGUAUAUUUCCGAAAUUACUUUAUUCAUAGGUACUAACAAUGGGGUACCUAACAUUUGGGUCGAAAUAGAAGCUUCUUAAAUAUC